AUGCUAGAGGAAGAGAGAUUAAAAUGUUUACGUAACAAUCAAUCCAACCUUCGAGUGUCAAAGUAUCGAAGUCUUACUGAAGAAGGAGACCCAAACCAAACACAAGGGUCAAUCACGGGAAAACGAGUUAUCUUACCAUCAUCUUAUGUUGGAAUUCGGAGAUUUAUGGAUCAAUUGUACUAUGAUGGCAUGACAAUUUGUAGUAAAGUCGGCUUUCUAGACCUUUUCAUUACAUUCACUUGCAACCCAAAUUGGCCAGAAAUUCAAAGAGCUUUACAUCCUCUAAAUCUUAAGCCACAAGAUAGACCAUAUAUCAUUGCUAGAGUUUUUAAGAUGAAAUUUGAUAGCCUAUUAGCUGACGUGACAAAGAAAGGAUGCUUAGGCAAAGUUCUUGCUUACAUGUACACCAUAGAAUUUCAAAAGAGAGGUUUACCACAUGCACACAUUCUAAUUUUCUUGUAUCCUUCCAAGAAAUAUCCAACACCUGAAGACAUUGACAAAAUUAUAUCUGCAGGGGUUCCUGAUCCCUUGAAAUAG